AUGGUGUAUACUUGCGCUAUUUUACAGUCGCGACCUUCCUUUUUGAGACAUAAUAAUCGACCAUUAAAUUUACCAAUUAUAGGCUACUUACACAAACUUGAUCCAUUAACACCUCAUCUGACUUUUACAGAACUUGCUAAAAAAUAUGGACCAGUUUAUAGCAUCAAACUUGGCAUGGUGUCUGCAGCGGUUAUAGCCGACGCUAAAAUACUAAAAAAAUUGUUAACAAGACAGGACACAGUUCUAAGACCCCCUUUCUACGUACUAGACAUCGUAUUCCAACGAAAAGGACUCAUAUGCACAGACGUAGAUCUAUGGAAAGACCAACGUAAAUUUGUUCAAAAUUUUUUGAAGGUAGUGGGAGGUUCCAGGGCUUCGCAAAAUAAGAGCACAUGUGAGGCGUUAAUAAGAAAGCACUCUCAAGAAUUUGUACAAGUUGUAAAAAACCAUGACGGUGUAGCUAUAAAUCCGUCGGAACUUAUAAGUCACUAUAUUGUGAAUAUUACUGGUACGCUAUUUGUGGGCAAUUCAUUUUCAAUGAACAAGAAUACGGUCACUGAGUUUUCACACUGUUUGGAGGAAAUAACUAAAGCACUGGCAAGUCCGUUAAACUUUUUUCCAUUUUUACGCUUUUUGCCGAUAUUCAAAAAACACUUAACUUUGAUAGACCAGGUUCUCCACAGAAUUCGUAAAAUUCAAAACCAACUGUUAAGUCAGUGUGAAAAAUCUAACAGUAAAACUGAUCUUCCGUCGAGUCUUAUCGAAACUUUUCUGAUGCAGAUGUCCAAAGACAAUCAACACAUUUACAACCUUAAUCAGCUGCACCACCUUUUGCUUGACCUAUCUCUAGCUUUUUUUGACACCACUACAACUUCCCUUCAGUGGAUCGUACUAUAUUUAGCCCAACAUGAAGAAGUGCAAAAUAGAGUGCGACAAGAAAUUCUUGAUAGACCAGUGGACGACUUUUUAAAUUUACAUUAUACUAGGGCAACCUUGGCCGAAGUAGCUAGAAUUAGAUCUAUAGCGUCCAUAGCAUUCCCGCACUACGCUUCUGAAAAUAUUAGCAUCGAAAAUUUUACCAUCCCGAAAGGUACGCUGUUAAUGCCACUCUUGUGGGCGAUUCAUAUGGACCCACACGUCUUCGCAGAGCCAGAGGAAUUUCGUCCUGAAAGGUUUUUGGACAGCGAUGGAAAAUUUUUUAAACCAGAGGGAUUCGUUCCAUUUCAAUGUGUAUGUGCGGCGGUGAUAGGUGACUCAUUGUCGGUGACGGCGGCCGGGCGGCGUUCGCUAAAGAAAGCCUGGAAGCCGAAGUCGCGAUGGGUAUUCAAGAAAGACCUCGAUCACGGAACCUCUAGAAAAGGAGUAUGGGUUUAUACAAACUUCUACGACUUCCCUUUGUUGAAUUUUUGA